GUAUACGAUCGUGCUAGAAGGGCAGCGCGUCGUCAGUGGAAGCUUAAACGGCUCGUUGUAGAUGGUAAUAUCGUGGGUAAUGAAACCGAAAGUGUCGCGGACGAGUUCCAGAGGUUUAUGGAAGAUGCAGAAGAAGACCCUGCUUUGCGAGAAAAGAUUAACAUUUAUAAGGAUGAGGAGAAACUCAAGCAACCUGUUGACGAAGACGAUGAAUCCAUACCGGAUGCUCCAACGUUGGCCGAAAUGCUGGACGAACUUACAUUCGAAGAUGCUGAAAUGCAAGAUGAGACUGUCAAUACUUCAAGAGUCUAUGGAUAAGUCACCCAGUCAUACCAUGCAGAGUUCUGUACUGAUUGUUUUCUGGCCUGUAGUGGCCCUGUACAGUGCUGUUGUUUUUGUUUUGUUGGAAUAUUGUUUCUGUUUAAUAAGCUUGUCGAUUAGGUUCCUCAGUGAAAUAAAUUCCCUCGGUUUCUUGAAAAAUUAUAGGAUGAAGGUUAUGCACCUUUUUGAUUACCUUUGGCUUGAAAUUCGUCAUUAUUGCUUGGAUGGAGAUUCAAAAGACGGAUGUUCAUACAAACGUAUGAGAGCGGGUAGUGCGGAGGCCUAGUG